AUGAACGGCAGUAAAAUCAAGAUAGCGGGUCGCAUGGUGCUGGAGGGCGGGCUGCCGGCGCCGCUGCAGCUGUACGCGGCCGCCGCGGCGCUGCCCCGCCCGCCCUGGCCGCCCUUCCUGCCCUUCUUCGGGGUCCCGCCGCCCUUCCUCCAGCGGCCGAGACAUCCGCCGCCUCAUGGACCACCGAGCGAAGAUUCCAACGAAGACGCCGCAAGCACUAAAGGUGGUCUAGCUGAUGAUGAUGGUGACAGCGGCAAGCGGCGUCGCUCCAGAACUAACUUCAACUCCUGGCAGCUGGAGGAGCUGGAGAGAGCCUUCCUGGCGUCACACUACCCAGAUGUAUUCAUGAGGGAGGCGCUGGCUAUGAGGCUUGACCUCAAAGAGAGUAGAGUUGCCGUAUGGUUCCAAAACCGUCGAGCUAAGUGGCGUAAGAAGGAGCACACGAAGAAGGGUCCAGGUCGACCGGCUCAUAAUGCACAUCCACAGAGCUGUUCUGGGGAACCGAUACCACCACACGAACUGAGAGCUAGGGAGAGGGCGAGAAGAAGAAAGAAGCUGGCAAAAGCUCUUGAGAGGCAGGCGAGGAAGUUACGGGCUAAAGGCAUCGCGGUGGAUCUGGAGGCUUUGAAGGCUGAAUAUUUAGCGCAGCACAGAAACAGCGGUUUAUACUCCGAUUCAGACGGAGAUUUAGACGGAGAGGAAUGUAUGAUAGAUGUGGUUGGAGGUGAUUCCUGCCAUGAUUCAGGUCCAGAAGAUUUUUCGCUAUCAGGACGUCUCCGAGCGCCUGGCGCGGACGCCAUCAAUCAUUCAGACAGCUCCACGUCUGAUGGACACUCAGCUCGUAAUUUCAGUCCCCUGCCAGAUCCGCAGACAUCAUUCUUCAAGCAGUUCACUUCAGCGGCAACUAACUUCGACAAAUUCGACUUCGACUCCGGCCGAGCCGUGUCUUUAGACCUAAGCGGCAAUUCCAGCACGGAACAGGGUCUAUCAAAGAACAGUGGCGCGAGGAAACACAAUCCAUUCAGUAUAGAAUCUCUCCUUAACACGUGA